CUGCAGCAGCCACUGUAACGGCAACUGCAACGGCAACUGCAAUGGCAAGUGCAAUGGCAACUGCAACUGCAACAGUCACAGCUACUGCCACGGAGCCCGAAGCGAUUGCCCAACAACCAGAGCAACGCAUUAAGUCAAUAUCUGAUGGUCUCAUAGACAACGACUUGUUGCCCUCCAUUGCGGCUGUGGAUGAUGUAUAUAUCGCCUCCUUGGUCAAUGGCCAUGGCCACAGCCACAAUAUGAAUGAGAAUGGGAAUGGGAAUGGAAACGGGAACGGCAACCAUCAUUUGCACCACAACAAUGUGGCGCAGUUUGACAAUGGCCUGGAUGAGCUGGCCGAUGACCAAGUGGAUGAGACAACCUAUCCGCCGCCGGUCUUUGAUUUUGGCAUGCCACGGAAUAUUACCGCCCGGACAGGACACACAGCGGCCAUCAAUUGCCGAGUGGAGAAUCUGCGCGAUAAAUCGGUAUCUUGGAUAAGGAAACGCGAUUUGCACAUUCUGACUGCAGGCAUUCUGACCUACACUUCUGAUGAGCGCUUCAAGGUCGUACGCACCGCCGACUCGAAGGAUUGGACAUUGCAUGUGAAAUAUGCGCAGCCACGUGACAGCGGCAUCUACGAGUGCCAGGUGAAUACGGAACCAAAGAUUUCGAUGGCAUUUCGCUUGAAUGUUAUAGUGACGCCGCCAGAUGCCAAAGCGAUUAUAGCCGGACCAACGGAUUUGUACGUUAAAGUGGGCAGCGUCAUAACGCUCACAUGCCACGUGAAGCAGCCGGCAACGGCGGCCCAGGAUAUUGGACCAAUUUACUGGUAUCGCGGUCCGUACAUUCUGACACCCUUUGUGGCGCAUCCGAAUGAUGCGGCCAUCGAUUUGCAGCGCAUCUCAAUGGAAUCAACACUUGCCGAGAAGCUGCAAAGCAGGUUGCGGAUUGCCAAUGCCCAGCUGCUAGACACGGGCAACUACACGUGCAUGCCGACGACAGCCGAGGCGGCCAGCGUUGUGGUCAAUGUCAUUAAUGACGAAAGCCCUGCGGCUAUGCAGAAAAGCGGCGGCAAUGGCAGCUGCCUGCGAAGCAGCCUCAAUUUCAACCUGGCUCUGGCAUUGGCAGUCAGCGCGGUGGUCCGAUGGCUCCGCUGGCUGCUGGGCACCCACUCCACUCCACUCUCCUUCUCCUUAGAGCAUAUCAAUUAUGAAACCAGGCAGCAACACCGGCAGCAUCAGCCUGAGUUGCAGCAUCAGCCAGAGCUUCAACUGCAGCAGUCAAUGACGUCAUGAUAAUUAAGUUAAGCGAUUAUCCACACAGCAAACUGUAAAUAAUUUAAUUGUUAGUUCAAAACAGAAAAAAACGAAAUAAAAUUAAAUUACAAAUAUAA